UGGCUGUAUUUCAGGGAAUAGGCGGGUCCUGCGUUAGUGACACGCCCCUGCCUGUAGCAGAGCUGAAUCGCAGUGUAGUCGCUGGCCACUAGUGUUCGGGACGUGAGGAUAUGGCGGAGGCUGGUUCUGUGCAGCUCCGGUGAGCGCAGACACCGCGGAUAAACCCCUCACAAUCUCUCCCGGGAGGCCGGGUACACGAGGAGCCGUACCUAGUGAGUCCUGAAGAGCCUUUCAACGAUCUGGAAGCAGAAGAAGAAGGAGGCGUCCGCCGGCUCGGUCUUAAAAUGUGAGCAGCGAGUCCCGCAAACUCCAGGAUCACUUUCUCAGGGAACAAUGGAUCGGAAUAAAAGAAACUCUAUUGCUGGAUUUCCUCCCCGUCUCGAGCGCAUAGAGGACAGCGGCGGGGGAGACGGCAGCAUCGCGCAGCUGGGCCGGGUCUAUCAGUCUUCCUACAACGCCCUCAUCAGUGCCUUCUCCAGACUCACGCGGCUCGAUGACUUCACGUGCGAGAAAAUCGGCGCAGGCUUCUUCUCGGAGGUUUUUAAGGUGCGACACAGGACUUCGGACCAAGUGAUGGCCCUAAAGAUGAACAAACUCAGCAGCAACCGAGCGAACAUGCUGAAGGAGGUGCAGCUCAUGAACCGUCUGUCCCACCCCAACAUCUUGAGGUUCAUGGGUGUUUGCGUUCACCAGGGGCAGUUGCACGCUCUCACGGAGUACAUUAAUAGUGGGAAUCUCGAGCAGCUCUUGGACAGCAACCAGCCCCUGUCCUGGGCGGUGAGGGGGAAGCUGGCGCUGGAUAUCGCGCGGGGUCUCUCCUACCUGCACUCCAAAGGAAUCUUCCACCGCGACCUCACCUCAAAGAACUGUCUGAUAAAGAGCGAUGAAAAUGGAUACGCGGCCGUCGUCGCAGAUUUUGGCCUCGCUGAGAAAAUCCCCGAUUACAGUGAAGGAAACGAGAAGCUUUCCGUGGUGGGGUCUCCAUACUGGAUGGCUCCGGAGGUCCUGCGAGACGAGCAGUAUAAUGAGAAGGCAGAUGUAUUCUCCUACGGAAUAAUCCUGUGUGAGAUUAUAGCGCGGAUACAGGCGGACCCCGAUUAUCUCCCGCGUACUGAGAACUUCGGCUUGGAUUACGAUAGUUUCCAGCACAUGGUGGGCGACUGCCCCCCCGACUUCCUCCAGCUCACCUUCAACUGCUGCAAUAUGGACCCCAAGCUACGGCCGUCGUUUGCAGAUAUCGUCAAGCAGCUUGAAGAACUUUUAAACAGGAUGAAAAGCGAGGAAGCGGAAAACGAGAGGCUCGCCGCGAGCCCAGACAAAGACUCUAAACCGGUUUCUAUUACUAAAGGGGCCGGCGAGAAGGGCCAAGCAGUGAAGCGUCUGAUUCCAAUGGUGGCGCAGGAUGACAAGAUCCCCCAGAAGUCUCCUCGUCCCAGAAGGAACAUCACCCUGUCGCGCAGCCAGUCGGAUAUCUUCGCCCGCAAGCCUCUGCGUAAAAUCAACGUACAGGACCCGUUCUACACACCGAGCAAGGGAGCCGCGCGCAAAGUUAACCCGUUCAACGCUCGCGAGGACUUAAAAGGCGGAAAGAUCAAGUUCUUUGACAUGCCCAGCAAGUCUGUCAUCUCCCAUGUUUUCGACUUGCAUUCCCCCAAGACAGAUGUGGGUCUCUUGGCGGGUCACGGUGGGCAUUUGAGACAUCUGAUAAGCCAAGACACACAAGACUUCCCUUUUGCCUCCAGAAGACGAUGCAGGUCACUGCCGGUGUCUCCUGAACUUCCAAGAAGGGACUGCACCCUCUCUACCGCGUUGUCCUCUACCUUGGGCAAGUGUGACCCAACGCAACUCGGAGCCGAGAUACGGCAGAAGCUCCUUUCGAGCGUUCGGUACAGCGUGUCUGAUAUCCCUCCCUUCAGACAGAGGUUUCCGGCCGUGGAAUCCCUUCCGGCCAACGACGAGGAUAUGGACUGCACUGAUGGAACGGGCUUCCAGACAGAGAACGGCGUCUGCUCCUCCAGGACUGGAAGCAUUGAGCGGGAGUGUGGUAACCAGCUGCUGGUCAGCACCAAGAAACAUGUACUCCUCUCCCAGAGCCCGGUGGACUGCGCUGAGGAGGAGAACUCGCUUGGCUUGUACCCGAGCUUAGAGGAGAUGGAAAUAGAGGAGACCACGAGCCAGGACCUCUCCUCUGUGUUGUCGGAGUCGUCUCUCAGCUGCAGUCCUCCAUCUAAAUUCGGGGAGAUCGCGCUGGCAGGCGAGGAUAACUCUGCAGAAAGCAGAGACCACCUCUCGGACCCUGCGCCCGGCUGCCGGAAAAUGCAGGGUGCCGUUAAAAUGUGACCUUCUGGAUCUCCUGGAGUCUCCGGGAGAAACUGUGCAGAACUUUUUUCUGGUUUACAUUAAAUUGUUUACCUGCAGAUUAUCGAAGCAGCGUAUAAA